AUGGAAUGCUUGAGGAACAAGUUCACUGGUGGCCUCCUCCUUGAUGGAGGUCGCUACCAGACCAUCUCACCACUCAACCAUGGCUCUUUCGGCAUGGUCUUCAUGGCUCAGGAUCUCGUGGCCAACCAGGUUGUCGCCAUCAAGUGCCUGACCAAGAAGUCUGCCCCCUGUGACAUUGGUCUCGAAUUCGCCGUUGACGACCGAUCUGAGGAGUAUGCUUUGCACAACGGCCUCGGAUCGCACCCCAACAUCGUCAACUUGCUCGACACGUUUGAGACUGAUGCGCACGUCUACUUGGUCAUGGAGUUUUGCUCUCAGGGCGACCUCUAUGAGGCCAUCCGCAACGGCCAUGGACCCCUCGAGACCGAGCAUGUUCGUCAGUUUAUGCUCGAGCUGGUCGAUGCUGUCGCGUUUAUCCACUCCAAGGGAGUCUAUCACCGCGACAUCAAGCCCGAGAACAUCUUCCUCACUCAAGAUGGUGCCAUGAAGCUUGGUGACUUUGGCCUUGCGACUACCGACAAGUGGUCUUAUGAGACCACCGUCGGCAGUGACAGGUACAUGGCCCCUGAGCAGUUCGACUCCGCCGGUGCUGGAUACUCGCCCGCCGAGGCCGACAUCUGGGCCAUUGGCAUCUGCCUCCUCAACAUUCUCUUCUCUCGCAACCCCUUCACCACCCCCACCGAGUCUGACCCUCUGUUCCUUGACUUUUCUCGUGACAAGCAGAGCCUCUUUGAUGUCUUCCCUAGCAUGUCCCAGGACACCUACGAGGUCAUCGUGCAGUGCAUGAACAUGGAUCCCAGGAAGCGUUCCCUUGAGGGUGCGCGGGAUGCCCUCCUUCGCGUUGUGAGUUUCACGACGGAGGACGAGAGCCUUGACGACUUUUGCGGUGCCGAGAACCCUACCGUGGCAUCCGCUCAUCGUGAGCCUCUUCGUACCCCGUCGAUUCAAACCCCACACGUCGACGGAGGCGCUUUCCCGUGGACCAAGGCGCUUAAUGAGACCCCUGCUCAUCGCCGCCAGCUCAGCGCCAUUCCCGAUGACGAGAGCUACAGCGAAGACCUCUUCUCCAAGUCGGGUGAGACGAACGACUGGUGCUCCGCCUAUGUGCAGACCCCGUCGUCUUCCAUCUUGGACACGCGCAUCAUUGAGUCUCGCAUGAGGGCCUUCAACAUCACUCGCCCUCCCCAGCCCAAGGCCAGGGUAUCUCCCGCUGCUGGAUCUCUGCCCAUUGCCAUGGGCAAGCCGUUCCCUUCCAUGGCCACCGUCUUUGGCAUGCAGAAGGACACGGUUUCCAAGAGCUGGAGCGACAUGUGGGAUGAGGACGAGGAAGAGGAGCAGCAGGCGCAGCAGCGAGUCAACGCUCUCCAGGAGCUCAACUCGCGCACCUGGAGCCACGAGAGCACCAACGAACACUCGGUGCCAAAGACCGAGCCCGUCCUCGCGGCUCACGACAUCAGGGGUGAUGUGGACGAUGAUUUGGUUGCAGAUGGUUUCUUUUUUCACGAGGCCGCGCCGCCCACCAAGCACCAGGCCUUUACUAUCACGCCGCGCUACUCGCCUCCGUCUAAGCGCGGCAACAUUGACAAGUGGGCAGCUCUUGGUGAGCGUCGUAGGGGCCAGAAUAUCAGCAUGGAGCCGGAGAAAAGCCCCGGUUGGAAGCAGCGUCGUCAUUUCGGGUUUGGAUACAGCAGCAGCAACAAUAACAAUCACAACAAAUAUUAUGAAGCGGGCGUUUGGGAUCAUUUUUCUACUUCUCACAAUAACAAUACUUUACACAACAAUUAUGGAAAGGGCUGGAGCAAGGAUCGCCUCAAGGAAAAUUCUUGGACUAAGGCCAAAGAUUGGAACUGGCGCAAGGAUAGGCGCACCGAUCUGGGAGAUGUUGAGUGGGUUGGUGGUUGGUAA